AUGUCUUCCACACCAAACCUCGACGCCCUCCAACGCGACGGCUUCGUCAUAAUCCGCAACCUCCUAACCCCUACCGAAAUCGCCCACUACCGCACCAUCGCCACCGAAGCAACAACCAAAACCCGCGCCGGCGGCUGGCCACAUUUCCGCACUGUCCCAAAACAAUUCCCUCCAUGGCCCUUAACUCCACCUCCAGCCUCCGAGGGUGGCAUAUGGGGCGUCCAGCACCUCAUGCACCCAGAAAUGCCAAAUCGCCAAUCCUUCGCAAAAUGCUACUUCUCCCCCCAGAUCCUUCAAGUCGUUGAAGAACUAGUCGGCGUCUCAAGUCCUACCUCAGAAGAACCCCUCGUCAUGGAAUUAUUUAACCUCCUCGUUGCGCCAGAAACUAAGGACUUCGAACUCCGCUGGCACAGGGACGAUAUUCCGGAAAACGCAUCCGCCGAGGAAGAACUCGCACAGCUAGCGGCGAAAUCGCCUGGAGGGAGACAGUCGCAUGCGCAGUAUAAUCUUGCGCUAUGUCCUGAUGCGUCGCUGAUUGUGGUGCCGGGAUCUCAUCGGCGGGCACGGACGGAAGUGGAACGCAAUGCUGCUCCGUAUGAGCCUUCUUUGCCUGGUCAGUUGGUUGUGCAGCUGCAGCCGGGGGAUGCGGUGUUUUAUGAUAGUAAUAUCUUGCAUCGGGGGGUUUAUAAGGCGAAGCCGGAGGGUGGGGAGGAGACGAGGUUAACAUUGCAUGGGAGUUUGGGGGUGAAGGGUGGGGAUGAUGAGAAGAAGAAAGUGCGGGCUACGGCAGUGUUGCAGCAUGGGGUUGGGGCUUGGGUGCAUAGGGAUGAUGCUGCUUUUGGAAUUGGGGAGAGGCCGGAGAAGAUGAGGGCUAAUUUGGUGGCUAUGGGGACUGGGGAGGGAAUUGGGUAUUCGUUGCAGGGGUAG